AUGGCAAUUAGGUUUUGCAGUAACUGUUACAGCCACAUUAUUAUACGCAUUAUUUUUGGUGUAAUUAUAUUUGGAGUUCGUAUUAAACACUGGUCGAAAACUAUUGAAUUAGCUGAAACAAUAUCUCGUUAUAUGAGAGGGUGUAAUUUAUUAUUUAAUAUACUAUUUUAUCGUUCUCCACAUGCUCCUCGUGUAGCUCAACCUGUACGAUUGCUACCAAUCAGCAUAAAUUUGUCCACCUUUUCUACCAGUACAGAGGCAGCAGUACACUUAGCUGAGAAAAUGUGGAUUUCCAUUGAACAAAAAUAUGGUUGUUUGCCUGUUAGAUUACAAUGGGCAAGUAAAGAUGUAUAUGGUGAUUCAACGAAAACGUAUCGUAAAGUUUGUUGUCUUCCAUCAUGUAUAUGGGUAUUUGUCAAUGUGAUCACUUUACUCAGUAUGGCUACAUUAAUUGCUAUUGAUAAUUCAUUUUCAUCAAUUGAAAACAAAGAUAGCAAUAGUAAUCCAACUCCAAAAAUUGAUGGUGAUGUAAAUACUUUGACAGAAAAUUUAAAAGUAUUCAUCAUUGUCUGUGCUGUUAUAUCUGGAUUAAGUUUUCUCAUCUUGAUUGCUGCCAUUACACCAGGUAUAUUAAAAUUAAUAAGAGGUCGUCCAUUUCAACAUCCAAUUAAAAAACCAUUCUAUCCAGAUCUUGAAAGUUACACAGAUAUAACAAUGGAUAGCUGUUAUGGUAGUAGUCUACGUAAAUCUUAUCCUUUCCCUAAUUGUAUUGAAACAGGUCAAUGUGGUACAGAAUACGAUACAAAUUGUUUUACGCAUGGAGCAUACUAUAACAACGAUUCAAGACCAUUUUUAGGUGGCUCAAAUAAAUUAACAUCAACUGCAUCAAUGGCUGCAGCAGCUGCAGCCGCGGCUGUUACCGCAGCUGAUCGUCACUGGAGACAAAUGGAAAAUACUAAAUAUACUAAUCAUCACCAUCCACAACAAGUGUAUGAACGUGCUCAGUUUAAGCCUAAAGAUGAAUUUGAUCUGCAGGGUAAUCUAAACAGAAUUAAUUCAAAAAUGGAUACCAAUUUCAGUGGCCAUGAUGAUGAUGAGGAUUCCAGUGAAGAAUCAAAACAAUCCGAUUCAAAUGAACAUAGUUCUAAUGAAGAUGAAGAAAGUUCUCCAGCUGAUGGACCUUUAUUUAAUUCAGGAGAACAUUUAAUAAAUGGUGAAAACAUUCCAAAUUCAAAUCAUGGAACGUUUCAUAAAAAAAAUCUGUUAGGAAAUCACCAAGGUAAAGAGUACUUGAAAUCGAUAGGGAAUAACAAGCGAAGAAAGACUAUAUCUAUUGAACGUCAGAAAAACGAACAACUUCUGAGACAAUAUGUACUAGAUGCUUGUUCGGUUUUAUCUAUGUUAGACCGUCGAAUCGGUGGUCGACAAACUCGUUUGAUAAUAUGUGUUAACGCGAUCACCGGGACAGUAGAAAACUCAGCAGCGACUAAGAAACUUUUGGAUUUUAUGCAUCUGUUAGAUCAUAUUCUAAUGAAGCCACCAACUGGCGGUAAAAGUUAUGAUGUCCCUUUAAUUCUUGCUCCAAUUGGAGCUACAGAAGGUGUAAUGAAUGACAUACCACCUACAGUCUGGGUACCUAAUGCUGUUAUGAUUAUCGCAGCUAACAUCUCAGGUAUCAGCGCUAAUAAUUCAAGAACACAUACUCUCGAUUCAGUUAGUCUGAAUGAUCUUAACCAAAUGCACCGAAUGUCUUCCGCUUUGAGAUUGUCGUUGUCAAAUUCUUCAGGAGGAUUCAAUCCUAAGAUUUGGUACUCUAUUCAUCAGUUGUGUCAUUUACCCAUAUACAUAGAAGAUGAACCACUUUGUUUCAGAGUAUAUGAUCAAAUCAACGAACAACCAUUUAUUAGCCCUGCACGCUCAGCAUCAAAUGUACAACAAUCGCACCAAGAGAAAAAGACUGAAGUAUCUCAGCCAAAAUCAAUGAUCGAUCUUUAUGUGGGCAAACAUGAUUUAUUGCAUUUCAAUAAAAAAAGAUUUCGUCAUCUUUUGACACUGACAGCUUUUACAGGUCGUAUGGUGAAAUUGGAUAGAUUAUUCACCCAACGCAUUAUUUAUCAAAGUGGUCAAAAAAGUCUAUCAUAUUUAAGUGCUUUACAAUAUUUUGCUAACGAACCUUCGUUAAAUACACUUGUGAUGUGGUUAUGCUUUUUAACACAUUGGCCAUUUCAUGCUGCAUGGUUAGGUGUAUUUAUUGAAAAUUAUCAAAAGUGUGAAAUCAAAGAACGUAAUAAUUAUUUACUAACUAAUCAAACCUCGCGUUCACAACCUGAAGGUCUUAAUCGAACACUAAAUGAUACUAAUCCGUCACAAUUUGGAAUGGAACAAUUGGGUCCAAGUUUAACUGCUCUAUAUUCACGUGUAAUAAAAAGAUUUGGACCAAUUAUUCAAGCAGUACGUCUAAAAGCAUUGUCUGCAUCAUUUCUAGCUACUAGUGGAGUAAACUCAAUAUCAGGAACAUUUCAUACUAACACUGAACCUCCUCUCAUAACCAAUGAAUUAUUGACAAGUAUUAAUAAAACUUUAAAAAUCUGUGAAAUUGCUUUUUAUGAUAAAGAUCCAACGAAACUUGGUGAAUUUCUAAGAUCAUGUGAUUCAAAUAAAUUAGAUUCGACUAUUUUACAAACUGGAUCAGUUACAAUUCAUCAGCUUUUGAGAAUUAUGAAGUUAACGCCAUUUUUAAAUCCACAAAUGAGCAAUUGGAUUGCAGAAUCACUGCUUCCUAAGAUGAAUAAACUCGAAAAGAAUAACGAACAAAAUGUGAUAGAAAGAAAACCAGCCAGUUCAAGAAGUAGUCGACGUUCACAUACAUUUAAUAUGACAGAAGAUCAUGGUAUUGUUUUACCAACUAAUGUUACAGAAAUCAAAAGGGAUUCAUUUAGAUCAUGUAUAGCAAAACUUAAGGAGACAGUUCCAAAGAAACCUUUAAAUCAAUUUACAGUGAAUGAAGUAUGUCAGUUGGUUGAGAGAAUAGUGAUUUUAACUAACAAAUAUUUCAAAAGUAAUAAAAUGGGUCUCUGUCAAGACUCAAGGUCACAUGAUCACUUAAUUAACAUUCAGAACAAUUCAGAUUUAACUAAAAGACUGAGUUCUGAAGAGUCUGAAACACUAAUUAAUGAUCCAAUUCCACCAGCAGCUGUAAACACAACAUCGGAUAAUAUAACUGUAUCAUCAACUAUUAGACGUUAUACAGAUUCUAUAAGAAAGUUCAAUAUCACGGGAAGUGUGCUAGACCUAUGUCCUUUAAAGGAUCUAGAAGUGAAGCUUAAUAUAUCUCCUAUUGACUGGAAAUUAUUUUGUGCGUUUAUACAGCACUUGAAACAAACUGAAUGUGAAGAAAUGUUGAUAUCAGUAAAAUCACAAAAUUCCAACGCACAAUUCACAGUACCAUGUAAACAUUUAGCUCAAAAUUAUCCAAGAAUUAUUCAGAGUUCUAGAGAUAAACUUAUUGAAACAGACAAAUCGUCAGUACUAUCUGAAAUAAGGAAAGAUCAGCUACAGAUGAACACAAUAAGUGAUACAAGUUUGACGGUAAAAAGUGCGCCAUUAAUAAAGCACUACGAAUUGGACAAUGAAGUAAGACAAAAUGAGCGUAAUGAUAAAGCAGACCAAAUCAGUGUAAUGCAUAACAACAGAUCUAUGAGCAUGGUCGGUGUAAACAGAUUAAAUGAUACUGAACAUGUUAUAAACAGCAAUAUUCAUGUACCACGAUACGAUCGUACAAUGGCAAUUUCCAAACUGAAAACUAAAUCGCAUCAUCAUUCUAAGGCGAUGGAACAAGCAAUUAACUCUACACAAUUACCUUGUGAAAAGCAUCACUAUACGUUAUCACCUCAAUCAAGACAAACAUAUAAUAAUGAUAAAUAUGUUAAAUCACAGUAUGAAUCGAAAUCACAACAAUAUCCUUAUAUUGUUCAGCCACAUUUACAUCAUAAACCAAAGCAUCAAAAACCGUCAGAAUGUAAAACGCCGUGUGAUCAAAAUGAAUGUAACUGUUGCAUGCACAAUAUAGUGACACAAGAUGCUCUGACGGUAUGUCAUGCUCAUACUCUACCUCAUAACUCACAUAUUUACCAACAGAAACAAAAUCACCACCAAGAAGCACGUGAGUCAGUCAUACCUCCUCAUCUAUCGUCAAGCGCUGCCUUUUGUAAUCAUCACCGUAAGUUGAUUACUGGUAACGAUUUAGCGACGACAACAGCAGCUUCAGCAACAGAACAAGAAGAAUCACCAAACGAAAACUUGGGAAUAUCAAUUCGUCGAUGUUUACAGUGCGAACUUCCAUUUAAUACUGAGCUUAACCAUCAAUGUGUGCAACAAUAUAUUCCUGAUUUGUAUAAUUCACAUAAACAAGUCAGUUCAAGUGCUCUUUAUACUUAUAAAACUGCUGAAUUGAUGCAUCAUUCUCUAGAGUUACCACACAUUCGUAGCCAUGAAAUUAAAAAGGUAACACAAUCCCCUUCUGUGCGUCAUUUUAAUACAGUCAAUGAUUUUCCGGAAAUCAACAAAAAAGACUCAGCUUCUACCUCAUUAGCUGGUGAAAUCGGUGAUGAAGUUGCUGAUAUGAGUCAACUUAGUAAUUAUGAAGAUGAUAAUGAUGAUGGUUUUUUAUUAUCUGGUCAAAAAUUAGAAGGAAAACGAAUCAAGAAAUCCUCAGCCACCAUUAUAGAUAGUGAUGCAGUACUAUAUCAACAUCCAUGUGAUUGUAAUUACUGGUAUGCACAUGAACAACAAGCACAACAUCAAGAACAUAAUCAAUUAGGAUUAUUUCAAAAUGAACCAAUUAAACCUCCUGAUUAUAAAAUUAAUUCUAAUCACCAAGAUGAUCAGCUAAAUUCUAGUUUGGAUACAUUAAGUACUACAACAAAUACUAGCAGUAAUAAUAGCAGUAAUACUAGUAUAAUUAAUGAUAAUAUAAGUAAACAUAGUCAAUUAGAUAUCAAUUCAAUAAACAGUUGUGAUCAACUUACAUCAGAAUGUUCUAGUGAUAAUACAAUGAAUUCAAAGUGA